AUGUGUAGUUCGAUCCUUGGUAUCCUCAUUCAGCCACCGCUAGGACGAAAAUACCCGGAUGCAAGGGAAGGGAUGGUUGGUCGAGGAGUCCCUGUCUGGAUGAUGCUAGCACUCAAUGGCACACUUGACGCGCCAUAUACUCCAGACGACUCGACUCUCGAAUCCUUCAUCUCACAAAAUUACGACUUUAGCUCUAAAAUAUUCCACCUCGACACAUUUGAAUCCGAAACGCCAUGGGCAAUUCGUCAGAUAUCCAUGCAUGUGAUAUUGCCAAUAUCACAUGCGUGGAUAUCUUGUGAGGAGCCCAUGGGUUUCUGGAUGCCCAUCAGUGGAUGUGAAUGGCAUGGGGUGAGCGCUAGUGUUGAUCCCGAACUGAUCCCUAAAGAUACGAGCCCUGGUCUCAUCCGGAUCGAGAGGUUGAACAUGGGUGCAGAGCUGAGGAAGGAUGUAUGCACAGGAGAGCGGAAGGUCGAGGUGCUCACUAUCGCAAUCGGAUCCAGCGCAAAGCCGGCCCCGGGUACAUCGGUUUCAUGGGAAAGUUCACUUUCCUUUCGCUCCUUGUGCAGGGAACAGCGCGUGCCUACCAAGCCUUUGAAAAAAAGCUGCCAUGUUCCCUACUGGCCACUAUCGAGGGAAUCCCAGAAGAUUGUUAGCACCAGACCCGCUGUAACGAUGCAAUCCUUGGACGACGGAAAUGGCAUCACCAAUGGCGAUUCUAUUAUAGCGGGAAACAAGACGGUGUUCGAUAUCGUGUAUGAACCUUCAACCCACGUUGGUGAAGGAUAUGUGGGCUGGUAAACUAGGCGGCUAUUGUCAGGACAGCAGCAUUUGAUUGCGCUGGAUGAGAAGAGGGGUACGUGUUCUUGUCUUCGAACCCUUCCUUUCUUCGCUACCAUGUUCGACGUUGUGCUUUUCACCUAUAGUGUCGGAUGUUCGUCUCUUUACUUUUCAAGACCUUCGGGUCUCUUUCUACCUCGCUGACUGUUGUUCAUGGUACCGAUUACAAUGGGUACUGUAGUCCUUCUGUUCGUAGAUGAGGGUUAGGACGAGCGGGAUUUCAUACUGCCACUUGCAGCGGUUCAAGUACACUUUGCUUGUACAUACGACAUCCCUAUUCCCUCGAAGCCGAGACUUACCUUUUCUCGGAUCUUGUUCUU